AUUCGAAAACCCCCAAAAAAGAAAAAGGUUGGAAAGUGCUGUGGCGGUACAUAAGGAGCCGCAUGGAAAUUUCAUUUCAUUCCGUUUGGAGUUUACAACUUUGAACUCAUCUAUUCAGUUCCCUUCUCUCGCUCUUCUCUUCUCUUGUUUCUUGUAUUAGCGAUGGUGAAAUCGAACGAAAAUGGUUCUGGUUCAGGUGCGGUGCCUCCGUUCUUGAAAAAGUGUUACGAUAUGGUUGAAGACCGGAACACGGACUCCGUUAUCCGUUGGAGCGAUGGCGGCGACAGUUUCGUGAUAUCUGACACCACGCAAUUCUCCGUCACGCUACUUCCUACCUAUUUCAAACACAACAAUUUCUCCAGUUUUAUUAGACAACUCAAUAUUUAUGGUUUUAGGAAAAUUGAUACGGAUUGCUGGGAAUUUGCCAAUGAAAAUUUUGUUAGGGGUCAAAAGCAAUUGUUGAAAAAUAUACGCAGAAGAAAACAUCCAAACGUUGCAGACCAACAAAAAGCAUUGCCUCAGAAUGACAAUAGUGAUGAACCAUCCCAAGAGGUACCUCAUCAUGGCCUUUGGAAAGAAGUUGAGAAUCUCAAAUCUGAUAAAAAUUCGCUGACCCAGGAGUUGGUCAAACUCAGGCAACACCAGGAAUCUGCUGAGAACAAGUUGCUGCUCCUGAGCGAUCGCCUUCAAGGAAUGGAAAAGCAUCAGCAACAGAUGUUAUCAUUCUUAGUCAUGGUCGUGCAAAGCCCUGGGUUCCUGGUUCAAUUGCUUCAUCCAAAGGAAAAUAAUUGGCGUUUGUCUGAAUCGUGGAAUGUAUUAGAUCAAGAUAAACAAGAUGACAAUCCAAUUGCUUCUGAUGGGAUGAUAAUAAAGUAUACGCCACCUGUAGGUGAAAAACUCAAGCCUGUAGUUCCCCUACCUCCUGCUUUUGAAAAACAAUCAGAACCUGACCUUGCUGCAGAUGGGCUCAAAGACUUGUGCAUUAGUUCUGAGUUCAUGAAAGUGCUUAUGGAUGAAAAAUUGAGUCCACUAGAAAACCAUUCCCCAUUUCUCCUACCAGAUUUACAUGAUGACGGUUCGUGGGAACAGCUUUUCCUAGGCAGUCCUUUCCUGGGAAACAUUGAAGAUUCUAAUAAAGAAAGUGAGGGGCGCACGGAUAGUGGAAUGGAAAUGGAACCGACAAUAUCUGAGACCCCAAAUGAAAAUUCUCGAACUUUUGAAUCGAUGAUUGUAGAGAUGGAGAACACUCGAGAAUGAGUUGGAAUUUGGAGGGCCAGAGUUUGGAAUCUCAUACUGAGCUACUGGAGCUUUUGUUUCUGAAACUAACAAUAUAUAGGGAAGGAAGUAUUAAUGUCCAUUAUUUUUCAGCUGGGCUGUCUUCACAAAUUGCUUGGCGCUAUACUUAUAGUAUUAAGUCGCAAUUAUUAUCUCUCCUAUCUUUCAUGGUAGAGAUCCUCAUCUCGAAUCCGUGUUUUACCAUCCUGAUAGAUGUGAGAAUGGGAGAUGUCUGGUAGUGCGGCUACCUAUUUAUGAUGGAUCGAAUGUUUCUUACUUGGAGAAUUAUAAGGGAGAACGACACCUUUAUUUUUUGCAUGUUAUUGGACAUGCCUUCAUAUAUAAAAUUUCACAUGAUGCAUGCAUACUACUUUUGCAUAUUAUUGCAGAAGCCAGUGCUUCUGACAUGCUGUUUGCUACCUACCUGUAUAGUUCUCAUGCCUCUGAACCAUGUUUGUGUUUGAUAUGGCGGCCAAGAGAUUUUGUUGCCCCCA